AUGACGCGCAGUUUCCAAGAUGACUUGGAGGAGCUCCUAAAGUCCCAGAAGUAUUGUGAUUUCAAAAUCACUUGCAACGGGGAAGAGUUCAACGUCCACAAAGCGAUCAUUUGUGCCCGGUCCCCAGUCAUCGCCGCAGCAGUAGAUCGGGGAUUUAAAGUACGUACUCUGCGGUCUGGAAAGAUUUCGUUUCUCUGGCUUAGACAGGAGAAGGAAUCUGGAACCGGUGUCAUCAGAGCGGAUAGUUUCAGCCCAAAGACCGUCAGAAGCAUGAUCGUAUUCAUGUAUACACAGAAGUAUGACGGCAUUGAGUUGGGUCGAGACGCCGAUGCGGAGCAAGUACUGUCAAAGCUUGAGCUUCUUCAGAUCGACGACGCGUCUGGGGAAAAAGCACCUGUCGACUCGCAAGGGCUUGCUAAGCCAACACCUAACACGUUUGAGCCUCUGAUGGAUCACAUCCAUGUCAACUCAAUCGCUGAUUAUUUCGACCUUCCGGGACUGCGAGACCUUGCAAAUCAAAAAAUCAAAAACAUCCUUUUCACCCAUUGGCCGGUGGAAAAUUUCAUCAACCUGGUAAAUGAGGCCUUCACCGUCACUGGAGACCAAAAGCUUCACCAGAUAAUCUCCAACAGCAUCGCGGACCAUAUUGAGGAGCUCAUCAAACGAGAUGAUUUUGCCGACCUGAACAUGGAAAAGGGAGUCAGUACCAUGAUUAUACAAAACGUUGUGGGAAGAUUCGUACGGAUAAAGGAUACGCUUGAGCAAUCGGUGAGCGAGCUCCGGCAUCCGAACUGGAUGUUGACGAUGGAAAUCGAGAGACAAAAGACCGCCAUAGAAGGCAUGCAGAACGCGAUAGCAGCGCUUAAUGAAAACACCAUUUGCCGCAACACGAGCUGUGAUGGCAUUUUCGAUGGCUACGUGGAGGCGUAUGGUCCGCAGCGUGACUUAUACCGACUUCGCUGCGGCAAGUGUCGAUGUAGACACCCGCAUAAUCCUUCUGGAGCAUAA